UAAAGAAUAACCUUACGCGAAACAUGAUUUUCUUCAUCUUAAGAUUUUCAUAUCUUUCUUAACAACAUUAGUUAUUACAUUUUUAAUGAUUUUUUCACAUUAUAAUUCUGAGUCACAAAAUCAUGCAAUAACAACUGCACAAAAUAUAAAUAAUAUGGCAAAUCAACCACAAAUUCAGACAAGUAAUAUAAUGCAACAGCAGCAGCAACAACAGCAACAACAACAACAGCAACAGCAAUCACAACAAACAAAUCAACAACAACAGCAGAAUAGUUUAAAUGUUGGUCUAAUGGCAAGUGGACAGCAACAGCAACAACAACAACAACAACAGCAGCAACAGCAACAACAAUCGAAUCAGACACUACAAUUGAGUCAACAACAGCAACAACAACUACAGCAACAAAUGCAAAUGCAUCAACAACAACAAAUGCAACAAAUUCAACAACAACAACAGCAACAGCAACAUCAAUUGCAGCCACAACACAUACAACAGCAACAAUUUCAAUUGCAACAACAACAACAGUUACAACAACACAUAUUACGAGCUACAACAACAACACAAUCGUGUAAUGAUUCUAAAGAGUUCCAUUAA